UUUUUUUUUGUUCGUGUCACGACUUUAGUUCCUCAUUCAGCUCAUUCAAUUGCAAUCCAUUUUUUAUUUUUAUUCUGGAUUCAUUACUUACGACCAUAAACAACAACACAAACAACAAAACAAAGUUCUUUUUAUAUUCAUCAAUUCAAUACAACCACUAUAAUAUCAACUAAAAAGUAAAAAAAAAAAAUGGGAGCAGAAGAAUAUUUCUCAAUCCCAAUCUUUUUCAUCAUCUUUCGAGAGACUGUCGAGGCAGCCAUUAUUGUCUCCGUCCUACUCUCGUUCUUGAAUCAAGUCUUGACAGAUGAUCAAGCCGUGCGCAAACGUCUAAGUCGCCAGGUGUGGGCUGGUACUGCACUUGGGUUACUUAUUUCGCUGGCCAUGGGAGCAGGAUUCAUUGUUAUCUGGAAUCUUUAUGCUACCAACCUCUGGGCGAUCAGCGAAGGAAUCUGGGUUGGAUGCUUCUCAUUCGUGGCCGUGAUAAUGAUUACAGUGAUGGGAAUUGCCAUGCUUCGAACCAACCAAAUGCAAGAGAAAUGGAAGCUCAAGUUGAGGAAGGCUAUGGAUGAUGAAAAUGCAGAGGGUCUCGGGAAUCAAUCCCGUAAAUACGCUCUGUUCCUCUUACCUCUCAUCACAGUCUUGCGUGAAGGUUUGGAGGCCGUUGUCUUCAUCGGUGGUGUCACCUUCACAGAAGAACUUGAAGCGAUCCCCUUGGCCAUCUUGGCAGGGUUGGGUCUAGGUUGGUUAGUAGGAUUUGCCAUCUAUCGUGGAGGCAAUCGAAUGGGACUUCAUCGAUUCUUUGUAGGAUCUACUUGUUUGUUAUUAUUGGUCGCUGCAGGAUUGGUCGUCAAGGGCAUUGCAGCGUUCGAAGCAGAUCGAUGGAACAGAUUAACAGGAGCACAAUCGGAUGAUGAUGGUACAUUUGAUCCUCGAGUCAAUGUCUGGGCCCUCAAAUGCUGUGAUCCUAAAACACCCGAUGCCGGAUGGUGGGGCGUGGCCAAUUCAUUGGUCGGUUGGAGCAACGUGGCCUCUUACUGGACCAUUGGCUCUUAUAUCCUUUAUUGGGGUCUGGUCUCUGCAUGGUUGAUUCGAUCCAAGACAAAGAAGACCAAGGCUCUGACGGCUGAAAAGAGACCUCUUCUCGCAAACACUGCAGGUCACAUCGAUUCUUCUGCUACUGUUGUCGCUGCCUCUGCUCCUACUCAUGCUCCUGCUUCUACAUCUACAUCUGGAGGAUAUCGUCGUAUUAUGGAUGAUAACGAGAUUACUGUCGCCUAAGAAAAAAAAAAAAAAAAAAAAAAUUCCCACGUUGGCCCUCCUCCUCCCCGUUUUUGCCUUCCC